GGUUUUCUUAUCAUUUCCCCUAUGAUUUGUAGCGUUUAAAUGGCGUCCCAUGCUUUUUUGUCUAAAUUAUCCUUUAUAAUCUCACUAUUCAUGAGUCCUAGUUUGGAUUGGAUUGGAGAAGUUGGAAGGAAAGGCAAGGAGAAUGAGGAAGAAAUGCUUUAUUAUUGGGGAAGGUGGGGUGGGGCCGCUGUUCAAGAGGGAGAUUUGCUUGGCUGGCCGUGUUUUCAGCUGACAGAUGAGACAAAAGCACUGGCGAUGGGAGAAGGAAAGGAGGAGAAAGUGCAGGGAUGAUAAAAAAAAAGGGCAUGAAAAAGGGUGAUUUUUCUUCUUUCUCUGGUUGUUUCUUUGAGUUUGAGGGAUUGUGCUUUAUUCAAAUGGUUGUGCCAGCGAAUCGAUUGUGUUGGGAGAGGAGUGGGUCUGGGGGAAACUAGGAUGAGGGAGCAAGGGAAUCAAGGUCCACAACCGGUUUGAAUCGGAAGGGGAAACUGGGAUGAGUGCGCCGGAAUCAGUGAAGGAUGAUUCAAGCAUGGAAGAUGAUAAUUUGUGGGUUGAAAAUUGGAAACCAGGAAUUGGUACCAUUCUUACACUCUUGACUUGAUGAAUUUUUUAGGUGGAAAUGGUUAAGAUGUUGAGAAUUGUUUGGGAUCUCUUUUUCUUUCUUUUUCAGUGAACCAAACAAAUGGUAAGAACCAAACUACGACAUGUAGAAGCAUUCUUACAUUGUCUACUUUAGUUUACAUUUCUACUUUUCUUAGACUAUUUUUUCUCCAAUUUAAUUUCAGGAAACUAUGUACUUCAUUGUUUCUGCAUAAAUGCUGCUUUAGAUGCAAUUAUUUUCUUCACUCUUUUUUCUAAAUUUACUGGGAAGUGUUUUUGAAUUUGACAUGGUGAAGCAGUGGGAAGACAAUGAU